UCUCAACCUAAAGAGACAUUAAAGCGCCUAGAAAUAAACUAUGGCUCAAGAAAUAGAAAAACACAAAGCGCUGGUUAUGGAUCUACUAGCUAGGAGUACUUUGUCUAAAUUGGAUAGGAAGCUCUCUAUUAUUGAGUCUAGCUUUACAAUAAACUAUGGCUAUUGGCUUAAAGGAAUCAAAGUUGAUUCAUCACCAGCAGCAACUCCCGACACCAGUAAAGGAAGGAGAUCGAAGACGAGCCGAGUGGAGACAAGACCUGAGCUCCCGGAUAAACCUAUCCGCGGUUUUGUAAACGAGUCCUUGUUCUUGAAGAACUUCUUGCUGAAGCGUAAGGGAUCCCAAGAGUUCAAGGCGCUAGCGAUCGUGGGGAAGUUCGGAGUUGGGAAGACGACCUUGUGUCAGGACGUGUUCAACGACAAAGACGUGAAAGAAGCUUAUCUCCCGAGGGUGUGGGUGUCUAUGUACAGCGAAGAAACUAAAGAAGGUGAAGACCAAAAGGUAGCUGUGCUGAAGAGGAUGUUGAGAUCGCUUGGAGUUGAAGAUGAGGCGCUUGACAAAAUCAUAACAGAUGCAGUGCAAGAGAAUAAAGACAAACAAGAAGAAGGUCAUACAGAUGAAGAGCCGGAGCUCUCUCGGUUAUUGGAUGCUCUUAACUCGAAUCUGUUUGGUAAAAGAUAUCUGAUCGUGUUGGACGAUGUUUGGGAGGAUAACGAGUGGAACCAGAGGCUCGAUGAUGAGAAGACACUGCGGGUGAAACCGCAUCUUUCUCGCGGGUUUCCUAAAGGGUUUGGUGGGAGAGUGAUUGUGACAAGCAGAGACGAGGGCCUGGCCAAGAAGAUUGUCGGAGCAGAAGAGAACGUGCAACGUUUGUUCCCGAGAUCAGACGUAGAGAGCGUGUGGGAGAUCUACAAAGAUGCAUUUGGAGAACCCAUGAAAGAUGAAAAGGGAGAGCCAAUGAAAGAUGCUGUCGAAAAGGUCGUGGAAGGUACAACAAAAUGGGUAGUGAACCCGAGGUAUCCAGGGAGAUACAAGAAGGAGCUUAUGGAUAAGUCUGGUGGUGUUCCUUGGGCUGCUCAAAUGCUGGCGAAGAUGGAGCCUCUCAAAAAUGAUGAAGACAAGGACUUGUAGAUAUAACUUGUAAAGCAAGGAUGUUAUUUACUCUCUAACUAACCUAAGGACACGUUGCAAGAUUACUACUGUAUUUCAAGUUUAUUAUAUUCUCCUAUAGAAACUGUUGUGUACUUGAAAAGUUGUAACUCUCAGCUGGUAUUUGACAAUAAACAAUGUAAUAAAGAGUUUUAACAUAA